GCUGUACAUAUAUCACUGUUAUUCUGAGUAAUUCUGUGUGAUCCCCAGAAGGAGUCACUGCGGAUGGAGAAGGAGAGCCGCCCGUCCUGGGAACAGCCCGCGCAGUUCGUCCUCGCGUGCGUCUCCUACGCCGUAGGGCUCGGCAACGUGUGGCGCUUCCCCUACCUUUGUCAGAUGCACGGAGGAGGUGGCUUCCUCAUCCCCUACCUGAUUAUGUUAGUCCUCGAAGGUGUGCCGCUUUUCUACAUGGAACUGGCUGUAGGGCAGAAGAUGCGGCUGGGCAGUAUCGGGGCUUGGAGUGCCAUUAGCCCCUACUUGGGUGGUGUAGGUAUUGCAAGUGUUGUGGCAUCUAUUUACCUGUGUUUAUAUUACAAUGUGAUCAACGCUUGGUCAUUCUGGUACCUCUUUCAUUCCUUCCAGGAGGUCUUACCAUGGGCAGAAUGUCCGCUGAACAGUAACCACACGGGCUAUCUGGAUGAGUGUAGAAAAGCCACAGCCACUCAGUACUUCUUCUACAGGGAGACCCUGAAUAUCACAUCGGCUAUCAGUGAUGGAGGUGGUGUCCAUGUGGGUCAGGCUCUCUGUCUCCUACUGGCUUGGAUGGUGGUUUACCUUUGCAUCAUCCGAGGCAUAGCAUCCACUGGAAAGGUGGUGUACUUCACAGCCACCUUCCCCUACUUGGUGCUCUUUGUCUACCUUAUUCGAGGACUCACCUUGCAUGGAGCUUUGAAUGGACUGAAAUACAUGUUCACACCCAAGCUGGAGCAGCUGGCUAACCCCACAACAUGGAUCAAUGCAGCUACUCAGAUCUUUUACUCCCUGGGGCUUGGAUUUGGCUCCCUCAUCGCUUUUGCCAGCUACAAUCAUCACAACAACAACUUUGAGCGGCAGGCUAUUGCCGUGUCACUGAUCAACAGCAGCACCUCCAUCUUCGCUUGCAUUGUCACUUUCUCCAUCUACGGCUUUAAAGCAACCUUGAACUACGAGUCGUGCCUGGAGAGGGUGAAAUUGCUCCUGUUAAACACCUUCAGCCUGGCGGAAGACACCAUUAAUGUGGACAACAUUACCUACUGGAUUACUGAACUAAACAAAACACAUCCAAACCAGUUUGCAGACUUAUUACCCAAGCUGGAAAGCUGUGACCUGGAGGCUGAACUGGACACGGCUGUGGAAGGCACGGGACUAGCCUUCAUUGUGUACACUGAAGCCAUCAAGAACAUGCCCCUGCCACAACUGUGGUCCGUGCUCUACUUUUUUAUGUUGCUUCUACUGGGCUUGGGGAGCAUGCUGGGAAACGUGACGGCAGUCACCACCCCAUUGCGUGACUUACGCUUCGUGACCCACUAUCUCAGCAAUGAGACCACGAACGGCCUGGUAUGUCUGUUCUGCCUGGUGCUCGGCCUGGGCUUCACCACCCGCUCGGGAAACUACUGGCUCACCAUGUUCAAUGACUACGGUGCCACCUUUGCCCUGCUGCUCAUCGUUCUCAUUGAGAUCAUCAGCGUGUGCUAUAUCUAUGGACUGGAACAGUUUGCAAAAGACAUUGAAGACAUGAUUGGGCACCGACCUAACUGGUAUUGGAAAAUUGUGUGGGCUAUUGUAAGCCCCCUCAUCAUCAUCAUGUUGUUCAUCUUUUACAUUAUCAAUUACAUCAUGGGGGGAACACCCACUUACCAAGCAUGGGAUAAAGACUUGGGUCAGUCAGUGACAACUCCUUACCCGCCAUAUGCCCAGGCCUUCAUCAUACUGCUCCUGGUAUCCUCCAUCAUCUGCAUUCCACUCAGUGCACUUUACACUUACUGCAACAGGCAGAGGCCUGAGAGCACCAUUUCAGUUUAGGAUGUAGGAGCUGAGCUGGGGGAGCUGGACUACCAGCCACAUUAUCAAAAUGAUUCCUCUACCUUCUCCG